ACAACAACGUGAUCAUUAACAUUGAUAACUGUGCACUCUACAGCACAAACCUGCUCAGUGCGUCCGGCUCAGCUGAUCUUCACCAACAACAGCGACGAAGGCAAUCGUUAUCGCUGAGCUAUCGAUCAUUGCAGCAACGCAAACGUCAACGGCGAAACCGAUUUUUAGUCAUAUUUCGUUAUUUUUGCGCGACAGUCGCAUUCGCUUUGGCCGUCGCCUGCGUCAUCUACACGCUCCACACAAUGGGUUGGUUUAUUGCGGUGCUCGUUGCGCUCAGCGCUUUGCUGCUAACAAGGUCUUGGCGCUGGUUCUACAUCGCGGGAGCAACAGCCAAACGAGAUUUAACCGCUCUCUGGGCCUAUGGCAAAUUGUUGCGUUACACGAAGCGUCAUGAACGUCUCAACUACACGGUUGCCGAUGUCUUUGAGCGCAGUGUUCGCGCCAAUCCCGAGAAGGUGGCCAUUGUCAGCGAGACCCAGAAAUGGACAUUCCGCCAGGUCAACGAACAUGCCAACCGUGUGGCAAAUGUGCUGCAGGCUCAGGGCUAUCAGAAGGGCGACGUUGUCGGUCUGCUGCUGGAGAAUCGUGCCGAGUAUGUGGCCACCUGGUUGGGUCUGUCGAAGAUCGGUGUCAUCACCCCGCUGAUCAACACCAAUUUGCGUGGCCCUUCGCUGCUGCACAGCAUCACUGUGGCCCAUUGCAAUGCGCUGAUCUAUGGCGAGGAUUUCAUUGAGGCUGUCAGUGAUGUGAGCAAGGAUUUGCCCGCUAAUCUGACCCUGUUCCAGUUCAAUAACGAGAACAACAACACGCAAUCGGAUGCUUUGAAGCAGGCCAAGAAUCUUAACACUCUCCUGUCAGCGGCCAGUGCUGAGAAACCCGGAAAGACGCAAGUGGCGCAUCAUGACAAACUCGUCUACAUCUAUACGUCGGGCACAACGGGUCUGCCCAAGGCGGCGGUUAUCUCCCAUUCACGGUACUUAUUCAUUGCUGCUGGUAUUCACUAUACGAUGGGCUUCAAAGAUGACGAUGUCUUCUACACUCCAUUGCCGCUCUAUCACACAGCUGGUGGCAUCAUGUGCAUGGGUCAAUCUGUGCUCUUUGGCUCCACUGUCUCCAUCCGCAAGAAGUUCUCGGCUUCCAACUAUUUCGUAGACUGUGCCAAGUUUAAUGCCACAGUUGGUCAAUACAUUGGUGAAAUGGCGCGUUACAUUCUGGCCACCAAAUCCUCGUCCAACGAUCGUGCACAUCGCGUGCGUUUGGUCUUCGGCAACGGAUUGCGUCCACAGAUUUGGCCGCAAUUCGUGGAGCGUUUCAACAUUGCCAAAGUGGGUGAAUUCUAUGGCGCCACCGAGGGCAAUGCUAACAUUAUGAACCACGACAACACUGUGGGCGCCAUUGGCUUCGUGUCCCGCAUUCUGCCCAAGGUCUAUCCCAUUUCCAUAAUCCGCGCCGAUCCCGACACCGGCGAACCCAUUCGCAACAGUGACGGACUCUGCCAGCUGUGUGAACCCAACGAGCCUGGCGUGUUUAUUGGCAAGAUUGUCAAGGGAAAUCCAUCGCGUGAAUUUUUGGGCUAUGUCGAUGCCAAGGCGUCGGCUAAGAAGAUUGUCAAGGAUGUGUUCAAACACGGCGACAUGGCAUUCCUUUCCGGUGAUCUGCUGGUCGCCGAUGAGAAGGGUUAUUUGUACUUCAAGGAUCGCACAGGCGACACGUUCCGCUGGAAGGGUGAAAACGUCUCGACCAGCGAGGUGGAAGCUCAGGUCAGCAAUGUGGCCGGCUACAAGGACACUGUGGUGUACGGAGUGACCAUACCGCAUACCGAAGGACGCGCCGGCAUGGCUGCCAUCUAUGAUCCGCAACGGGAACUCGAUCUGGAUGUGUUUGCCGUGAAUCUUGCCAAAGUGCUGCCUGCGUAUGCACGUCCCCAAAUCUUGCGACUGCUCACCAAGGUGGAUUUGACGGGCACGUUCAAGCUGCGCAAAGUGGAUCUGCAGAAGGAGGGCUACGAUCCCAAUGUGAUCAAGGAUGCGCUCUACUAUCAGACAGCCAAGGGACGCUACGAGCUGCUCACGCCCAGCGCUUACGAGCAGGUGCAACGCAACGAGAUUCGAUUUUAAGUAGAGAUCCAGAGAAUGAGAUCUUUGAAAUUUUUGCCCAUUUAUGCUGUUAAUUAAUUUGUAAGCGACAUUUUGACAUAGCCUUAAGAUUGCAUUGCAAACAGACACACAAGAAAACGAGAGACAGGAGUUUUGAAUAUUGCACUUCUUAUUAUAUAUACUUAGCAUAUAGUUAAAUUUGUGCAUUUUUGUUUUUAGAAACACACAGCAUUUUGUAUAGUUUUGUAACAGCUCCUCGCCCAAAACGUGUAGUUAAGUGCAAAUUUGAGACGUGUUUGUGUCUUAAUUGUUAGUCAUUUUAGUAGCAUCUACAAUUUUGAUACAAUUUUAUAUAUUUUCGCUUUCGAUUUUGUUUAAUUUAGCCUGUAUAUAUGAGCAGCCAUUCUGGUUUUCACUGUCUGUCCUCCUAAUCAAGCUAUCGAAAAUAAAGUUCUUUAUUAAUUAUA